CCCAUAGAAUUGGACUAAUCUAAAGUUAUUUUUUAAUCAAAAAUGAGUAUUCAUAAAAUUUUAAAAAUGAAGAGUCAGUAGAAGAAUUAUUAACUAAGUUAGACCGAUGUCGCCCUAAACUUUCAGUUAAAUGAAGGAAUGUUGCUUCAUCGGUUUGUUGAUUUAAAAUUUCUUUAAAAAGUAUCAUGGCCUCUAAGACCCAUGUGGAUAGCACGGUUAACGAACGUCGCUUGCGACCUAUUUAUGAUUCUUUAGACAAUGGAAAUAAUAAACAAGCACUUCAAGAGGCGGACAAAGUACUUAGAAAACAGCCCGGCAAUCAAUGCGCUAGAGUACUCAAAGCACUAGCCUUACUUCGUCUUGGCAAGGAAAAUGAAUGUCAUGCUAUAAUGGAUAAAGUUCGUUCUGAAAUACCAUGCGAAGAUUCAACAUUACAAGCAAUGAGUAUUUGUUAUAGAGAAGUCAAUCAACCUAAUAAAGUUAGUGAAGUAUACGAAGCAGCAGCAAAGGCGGAUCCGAAUAAUGAAGAACUUUUGACGCAUCUUUUUAUGUCUUACGUUCGUUUGGGUGAUUAUAAAAAACAACAACAAACUGCACUUGCAUUGUACAAAUUAAAACCAAAAAAUCCUUAUUAUUUUUGGGCCGUUAUGAGUAUAGUUAUGCAGGCCAUAAACGCAGAGGAAAAGUUAGCUAAUAAUGUCAUAUUGCCUUUAGCAGAACGAAUGGUAUUAAAGUUUGUUAAGGAAGGAAAAAUAGAAGCUGAACAAGAAGUACAGCUUUAUUUAAUGAUAUUAGAACUUCAGGGUAAGAGCGAAGCAAUGCUGGAAGUUCUGUCUGGACCUUUAGCUUCUCAUUUAUCACAUGUUCCCCAACAAAAAGCAGCACUAUUGAUGAAAUUAGAACAAUUUCGUGAAGCUGCGGAUACGUAUAAACUUCUUAUUAAACAGAAUACCGACAACUGGCAAUACUAUCAAGAUUAUCUUUCUGCGGCUUUAAAAUUUCAAGAACCAUCCGAAUGCUUAGAUUUUCUUAAUGAAAUCAUUUCAUCAUCAGAACGGAAAGUGAGAGGACCAUAUCUAGCAAGAUUUGAAUUAUUAAAACGUAUUGGAGAAAGUGAUAAUAAUAAUUUGAUGGAUUGUGUUGAUUUCAUGUGCCAAUAUUUUGAAAAUUUUGGUGAGAAGAGCUGUAUAGCUGGAGAUUUACGAUUAUAUUUACAUUUAUUAACCCCUGCUGGCAAAGAACAACUACUUAAUAAGAUAGCAGAAGAUGUUGGAGUUGCACCAGACGGAUUUCCAAGUACUGUUGAACAAAUGCAACGACAUAUGCAUUUAGAACAAUUGCGACGUAUGUGCGGCUUUCAUCAUUCUCCUUUAGCUGAUAUUAAUGACAGAAAAUAUUUGAUAAGGAGAUUAUGUGAUCUUUAUGAAAAAGGGUGUGAAUUAUGUCCUAUGUCAGAUAGAUUACCUACUGACUUUUGUCCAGCUGAUUCUUACGUACUUUUGGCUACUUAUUUAUUGCAUCAAUUAUGGUGUGAAACUAAUGAAGCCUCUUUCCUUUAUGGAGCAAUGAGCAUACUCGAACGUGGCCUUUUUUCAAGUCCUGCAAAUUUUCAUAUUAAAAUAUUACUGGUGCGCACAUAUUUAGAAGCUGGUUUAGUUGGUUCUGCUGAUAAUGCUUUCGCAUUACUCGAUAUAAAACAUAUUCAGUUGGAUUCAUUGGGUUAUCUGCAUGUACCUCUUCUUGCACCAUUUGGACAUUUAUCAUUAGCUUCAACAACACUUGAUCAUUCAACGAAGUUCUUCAUUGCUAAUUAUAAAGAUAGUGCAGAUUAUUUGACAUUUGCAUAUAAAUAUGGAAGUUUUACAAAAAUUCAAGAAUUUAUGGAAUUGAGAGAACAUUUGGAAAAUUCAUUACACUUUGCUGUUACAACCAUUGAUAAGAUGUUAUUAGAUUUAAGUUGUUGUGACAAUUUUAAGUCUCUCUUUUCUGCCCUGUCUAGUAUGCAUAUACAACCACAUGAAGACAGAAUUAGAUGGGAUCAAUUACGUGAUAACCGUGAUUUGGAAGUUGUACGUGAAUGGGAACCGUUAUCUCCAAAUGGCGAAGAUCCAAGAAGACGAGAAGACACUUGUAUAUGCAUGUUAAGACUACUUGCAGCACGAAAUUUAAUUUUACGGAUUUUAGCAGCAACUGCUGAACCAAAUUCUGCGCUCAUCUUUUGUCUUUCAACAGAUUUGCAACAAUUAGAUAAUGAACUUAUUCCACAAAUCCUUCAAAAGUUCAAUAUAGAUGAGAAACAAGACAAGCCAUAUGGUGUGUUAGUUCCUUUAGAUGCAGUAGAAAGGUUACGCGAGGCUCAUUAUUCUGAACAAUUACAAACUAUAGCGCGACUUGCUGAAUAUUUAGGUCAAUCUUUUUCUCUAUACAAUGAUUGUAUGGAAAUGCUCAAAACUACUUUAUGUUUACAACCACUAUGUCUUCCUGAACAUAAUGAUCCUAUAUCUUUUAAAAACUUUUUAUUAAGAGUAUCUACAUGCAGUGAAACACUUGCUAUAAUUAGCGUAAUGUGUGUUUCAUAUGCAUCACGAUUGCAACCUAUAACAUCGAGCAGAAAGAAUAAAAAAAAUGAAGGUCUUGAGAGUUGGAAAGAAAUAGUUGCUUUUCUCUCGGAGAAAGUGCGAAACGUAGAUGCAGCUUUAAAAAGAUUAGAGAAGUAUCCGUUUGAAACAGGAUUAGAUGCGGAAGAUGCUAUAUGUGCCAUGAUUAUAAAACAAGGACAAGCCAGUCUCGCACAAAGUUGCAAAUCAUUAAGAUCACGUUCUCAGUUAACAUUAAAACUUUUGAGUAGCUUGAAAAGCUGAAAUCAUACAAAAAACUUUGUACAAAGAUUAUUCUAUCCAUCCAUCAAUCUACUGAUCUUUAACAUGAUUCAUUAAGCGUGUAAAUAUUUCUUAAAUCUAAGCAAUUAUAAU